UGUAAUGUAAACUACCGUGAAAAGAAUUAUUGUAUUUGUUAUAAAUGCUAUAAUUCCUUAGAUUUGUUUUAAUUGCACCCUAUUAUUAUUAAUCAUUAUGAUAUAAGUUAUUCAGUUUUAGUAAUAAUUAAGUUGUAUAGUAAGAUGGAUCAAUUUUGCCGAGGAUGUUUAGUUCGGUAUGAAGAGCCCACAGAUCUCUUACAAUAUACUGAGAAAAACCGACGGUUGUUUGUUUACUGCACCGGUUUACAGGUGAAACGCACGGACACUUUCACAUUCCAACUAUGCAGAGGUUGCUAUGUCAACAUGAAAGUGGCCUGCAACUUCAAGAAGCAGAGCCGCAACUCCGACCGGCUGUUCAAAAGCUACCAGAGUCUUAAAGACAAUGGGGAGAGUCUGGAUCUGAGCACAUUCCUUAAGAAUAAUGAUGACUCUUGGACUUUUAGAUUUCCUGGGAACAGUACCCCAGCUUACCAAAGGGCUAGGGAUGAUGACAAUGAAUCUACAACCACAAGCAUCCGUAACUUCAUGAACGACAUAAUGCCGGACGACGACCUGCCGGACACAGAAGCCCGGAUUAUUAAGGAGGUCAUAGAUGAGGAAGCUGAUGUGUUGGAUGACUCGCUGGACUCUCAUUGGCUGCAGGACGAAGCAUCUAUUGAUUCUGACUUUAGACUCGAUUUUAGUUUCAGUCCAUUCUCUACACCACGCCCAGUAAAUAAUGAUCGCUACACACCAAAGAAGCAAACAGAAACAAGUAAUGCAAAAACAAAGGGACCAAAGGCGAUCAGCACCAAUUUUCUAGAAAGUCUUUUAAAUAAACCAAAACAUCUGGAAAAUGAACAAAUGCCAAAAUCGCUAAACAAUUUAGACAUGCCACUAAUAGAUGAUAGGUCAAAUUCAAAUUCAUUCCCACCGAUCACAGAAGAGUCAAGCCAAGUUAAACCAUCAAUUAUAGAAAACUUAAACCAGGAUUCCAUGCUCCAAAUAUCAAUAAAACAAGAAAGAAACUUAGACGAAACUAUGGACUCUUUGGAUGUUGUCAACGAAUUUUUGAAGUAUGAAAACGAUAAUUUUGAGGAGGCAGAAUCGCAAUGCACUAUAGAUAGAAAUUUGGAGGAUGCUUUGAAGAAUACGAAUAACAAAGAAUUCUCUUUGGACGAGUUGCUGGUGUCACCUAAAGUAAUGCCAGAGAUAAAAUCGCCAGCGACACCGUUCAUAAACAAUCUUCUAUUCAGCGAAAAACUAGACAUAGACGAAAAUAGCAACAGUUCACAAAAAUACAAAACCGGCCAGUGCAUAGAAACUUUCGAAAACGUGAAAGGAGAAGUGGACAUCGUGGAUGAGUUUUCAGAAAACAUUGAUAUAAAGUUAGAAGACGAGUUAGAUAUAGAAGAAUUAAAGACUGAAAUAUUAGGGGAAUUUGAUAAGGAAGCUAGUCCGGAGAAAGAAAACAAUUUUAAUAUAACUAAUUUCUAUUGUAAUAUGUGUCAGAAGAAGUUUGCUAGCCUGAGAGGGUUACAGCGGCAUUCUAAAUUGAAACAUUCGACGAAAGUGAGACUGCCAAGGAUAUUGAUAUGCGAUAUUUGUGGGAGCCAAUGGAAUAACAGAACUAAUUUUGUAAGGCAUAUGCGGAGACAUCAGCCUCCGGCUCUUUCGGAUUUCAACUGUGACGUUUGCAAGUUGGAGUUUUGUACGCCGGACGCGCUCAAAAAACACAAAAGAACUCAUGCUGGUGAGAAGACUGCAGGCGGGCCGGUCAAAAAGAAGUUCGUGUGCCCCGAAUGUGGCGCGACGACGGAUAAAGCCAGCAACCACAGGGUACACAUGAUGCGCCACAACAAGGACUACAAACACAAGUGCCCCGAGUGCUCCAAGGGGUUCUACCGGCUCGCGGAGCUGACUGUACACAUGAGAUAUCACACUGGAGAGAAGCCAUUCAAGUGCCAACAUUGCCCCAAGAGCUUCGUACGCCGCGACAUGCUCACUAAACAUACCAAACACCAUUUAGAUCUGAGACCCUUUAAAUGCGUUCACUGCAAUAGCCGCUUCAUAAAUAACUACAACUUGAAGAACCACCUAAAGCAAUCAAAACGUUGUACAAAAGAAAGAGAAGUGGUCUUCGAAAACCAGAGAAUGAUUGAUGAUAAUAGACCCAAGGAGACUGUAGUUAUUAGUUACAGUAAAAAAGUUGAAAAGAAAAAAGUUACAGAAGAAAUAGAUGAAAAUAGAGAAGUUACAGAAGAGCUACUUGAGAAUAACGUAGUUGCAGAAGAGAUAGUUGAAAAGAAAGAAGUUACAGAGAAACGAGAAAAGAAAAAAAAAUGUAGCGUCACCAUAUUCCUCUAACGCACAGUAAUGUUAUUUUGUAGCGCUACGCUCGUAGCAGAUUCGAAUAUUUUCUCGCUUUGUAGAGGAAAUUACUACAGAGAAACCGUCGAGCGGGUUCACGGCAUUCAAUCAAUUCAAUGUGUUCGUCAACCUAAUAUCAACCUUGGUGUAUUUCAACAAGGUUCACAACGGUGCACCGAAAAGGAUUCUUUUUGUAUUUAUAUGGAUAUGUAAACGAUGAGUCCAUGAUCAAGUUGUGAUAAAUAUAUAUAGAUUUUUUACCUCA